AUGAGCAACAUCUCUCUACCCCCAAAUCUUGCCACAGACUCGGCUCUGGUGCCAGUAGGAGAAGUCUCGGAAAAACAAGUCACCUCGGCCGAUAUUCUCAAUGAAGCCAACCAGCUAAAACUGUCAACAUACAAGAGACCAGAGCAGACCAUCCAGGAUCUCGAGGAGCUCCGAUCGUACCAGCUUUCGAAAAGAAGAGAGUUCGAGCAGCAGCUCAACAAAAACCGCCUCAAUUUCGGCCAGUGGAUGCGCUAUGCCAAGUGGGAAGUCGACCAUAAUCAUGAUUUCAAACGGGCCCGUUCCAUCAUGGAAAGGGCGCUCGAAGUGAAUGUCCAGCAUGUGCCUUUUUGGGUGCGCUACAUCGAGUUGGAGCUUCUCCAUCACAACGUGAACCAUGCCCGAAACCUACUAGACCGUGCGGUCACGACUCUUCCCAAAGUUGACAAGCUAUGGUUUAUGUAUGUCCAAACGGAAGAGGCGUUGGGCAAUUUCAGAGGCACCCGUUCUGUUUUCGAGCGCUGGCUCACAUGGAGGCCUCCCAAAGUGGCCUGGACUGCCUAUGUGGAGUUUGAGCAGCGGUACGAAGAAUGGGCUAAUGCUCGAAACAUAUAUCUCCGCUAUGUGUCGCUUUUUCCAGGCGACGCUGACAUGUGGCUUGACUGGCUUGUCUUUGAAACGACCCAGCCGCCCCUCGAUGAUGUCCAGAUAGCUCGCAUUCGGGGCAUUUUCGAGUGUGCAAUGGAUACGCUUAUAGCGCAAGAAGAUUUCAAAGAAAAGACCACCGUUGCGUCUCUAGUGGCUCGUUGGUGUCUGUGGGAAGCAUCCAUGCGGGAAUUUGCACGCGCCAGAGCCAUUUAUACGACGCUUUUGGAGAAGGACUAUCUUUCCAAAACACAGAAAGCCGAGGUUUUCCAGAGUUUCUCCGAAUUCGAAAAGAAAUAUGGCACGUCGGCCAGCACAAGCGAAACUUUGCUUCUAAAAAGAAAGCUCCAGUACGAACAAAAUGUUGAUGUAAAUCCGAAGGAUUACGAGUCGUGGUGGGAAUUGGCGAAGCUUGAACAGGAUCCAGUGAGAGCCAACUCGAUUCUUGAAAACGCUGUGCAAACCUCUCCAGACGCAGUCUCAAAGCUGAUUGUAUGGAGACGCUAUGUUUUUCUCUGGAUUAAGUUGGCUCUUUCACUUGAAUUCGAUUGCAAAAACCUCGACAAAGCUCGAGAAACUUGGAAAAAAGCUCUCGACACGGUUCCUCACACCAAAUUUUCUUUUGCCAAGCUCUGGAUCCACUAUGCGGAGUUUGAGCUUCGCCAUCGUGGGUUGAGCGCAGCAAGAAAAGUCUUGGGCAGGGCCAUUGGCCAGACGAGCCAGAAAUCUCCCAAACGCAAAAUCUUCCGCUACUAUAUUGCGCUCGAGCAAAAAUUGGCCGAAUGGGACCGUGUUCGCAAGCUCUACGAGAAGUGGCUUGAGCUGGCAUUAAUAGCGGACUAUAAUCAGAAAACCACUUUGGCGUUGCCUGUAUUAGAAGAAUAUGUGGCUUUUGAGCAACGCAUGGGCGAAUCUGAGCGGUGUGUGGCUCUUUAUGAUAUGGCGAUGUCGAUCACUACGUCGCCGGAACUGGAACUAAGCUUCUUGCCUUUCCAAGACCUCUUGUCUGUCUACAUUGACUAUCUCAAAGAAGAGUUCAUGUAUGACAAGGCGAGACAGGUUUACCGGGAAGUAUUGGACACCAAGCCAAGUGUCGAGGUCUGGAUUGCUUUUGCGAUUUUCGAGUCUUCUAUUCUCUCCCCGCUGCAAAUGGACCAGCUUGAGCAGAUAGAAGAAGAUACACAUUUUGCUAUUGGCGAAUAUCAACUCAGUCAAACACGCAAGGUGUUUGGCGAGGCCUAUAAUAAGUACAAGGCAACAGGAGACGGAGAAAAUGCGCUUCAGUUACUUGAAGCAUGGAAAUCGUAUGAAGAGAUGCACGGAACUACACAAAGCUUAGCAGACGUGGAGAAGAAAACCCCGACACAAAUCAGAAAACGGAGGCAGGUGGACAACGUGGAGGAAAUCUACACGGAGUAUGUUUUCCCCGAGAUCAAGCCCAACAUCAGCCAGUUUUUGGCCAACGCAAAGAAAUGGGCCGAGUCGGAAUGA